AUGGGUUCUCAGAUACGGAGCCCCAUACAAGCUGUAAGAUAUCCCGAUCCCAACUAUCAGCGACAAUCAGCUCCUGGUCAAAGUCGAGGCCGCAGGCUUCUGCCACACAGACCAUCAGAUAUACAAUGGGUCUACAAUUCCCCCUUGCCCGUGACUUCGUCCCAUGAGCCCGCGGGAACUAUCGUGGCGAUCGGACAGAAUGUGACAGGCAGCUGGAAGCCUGGCCAGCGUAUCGGGAUGCUGAACCUCCGGAGCGCGUGCCAUGCGUGCGUAGGCUGUGAAGUCGGGCGCGACCCCCUUCGGCCCAAUGAGCGGGAUACUCGGUUCUGCGAGAACAAGGAGAAUGCUGGCGUCAAUGCUGAUGGGGCAUUCGCCGAGUACGUCGUGGCCGACCCAGCCACUUCGGUGCCUUCGCCGGACGGGUUGUCGUUUGAACAAGCUGCUCCGUUGAUGUGUGUUGGGGCUACCGUCUGGACAAGCCUCGCGGACGCAGGGAUAGAACUUCAUCUCCCAAUCGGAGUCAUCGGCGUCGGCGGUCUAGGCUACCUCGCCCUGCAAUUUGCGGCGGGACUAGGGCAUCCGACCGUUGCAAUCGACAACCGACCCGAAGGGCGGCAGCUGGCGAGUGAACUGCCGGCUCACUUGAAACCCGGUAACGUCGUGGACUAUAAUAGUCUCAAGGCCACAAAAGAGGUAGUCGAGUUUGCAGGAGGGGGUGGACUUGCGGCCGUGCUGGUUUGCACCGACAGCGUGGGCGCGACGGAAUGGAGCCUUAAACUCCUCCGGCCUCACGGAGUUUGUGUUCCCCUGGGGCUUCCCGUGGCAAGUUUUAGAUUCUCCGCCUGUGACCUGAUAUUCAAAGAGCUGAUUGUUCGUGGGAGUUUGGUUGCGAACAAGCGCCUCUUGUCGGAUAUGAUAAACUUCGUUGCGGAGAAGGGGGUGCGAUCUCACGUACAGACGGUGAAGCGCGAGGAGGCCAUGGAUCUUCCAGACCGGUAUAUGGACCCUCAUCUGAAGGGACGGUUGGUCGUUGUUCCUUAG